GAACCAGACCGGGCGAGUUUCCGGUGUUUUGUGACGUCUUUGUAUCGACGUGAGGCCGUAAACAGGUCCCGGUUUCAGUUUUUACUUGAUUUAGCCAACAAAGCGAUCUAAAGUGAGAAGAUUUAUCGACGUGUUUCAGUCUCGACUCGUUCUAAACAAGUUUGUCUUCUUGUGGAGGACAUUUAGUUUCCAGAAUGACGGAUGUUUUAACGGAUUACGGAUUGAACUUCCUGCUGCCUUAAAGCGGUUCCCCCAGUCUGACCACCAUGUAAGCAGACAAACAGGACACCAUCUGUGAACCAAAAGGGCCAGAACCAGACCAGAACCCAUCACUGACCCAAAGCGAAGCGUCAGGGUGGCUGUGGUUCCACCCGGCUGGAGGAGCAGACUGAUGGAGAGCGACUGUCGGAUCCCAGUCGCUUGCUGUCGACCUCGAUUCCUCCUCCUCCACGCUCUCUUCUGGGGCCUGGUUAGUCUCAGAGUGUUUGGAGCAGCUCUGCUGAAUGAAGAGAAAACUACAGCAGUGAAACCUGUGGCCACUCCCUGCUGGCUCAUGGAGGAGUUUGUCGUGUUGGAGGAGUGUGUAGCGUGCAGCGAUUUCAACUCCAAAACACAGCUGGUAUGCAAACAAACAGGAUAUGUCGAGAGGAUCAAUUGCACUAAAUCCAACAAAGAAGAGUACAAAAGUUGUCGAUCGGCUUUGAUGGAGGAGCAUCUCUUCUGGAAGUUCGAAGUGGCCACCAUGGCGCUGACGGCUUUCUUCGCGGCCCUCGUGGUCGUCCGUCAGCGCCAGCUGGAUCGGCGAGCCUCUGAAAAGGUCCGGCGGCAGAUUGAAUCCAUCUAGGACUCCGGGAGCUGCUCCGCUGUGGUUUUUUAUAUUCUCCUCAGUAUUUUAGCAGAAGGUGUUCAACACCAGCAACAAUGACUGCAGACGGAACCACGAGACGGCGUUCACUUUAAAGAGACGGGAUCUGAUGAUGGGACGGCGAACUGUUGCAGGAUCCUAAAAAGUUUCUCGUAUUGUUCAUCUUUAAUCCCAGUGUUUGUUUGUUUUUUUUCUCAAAACACCAAAUGAAAUCUCUGUUUCUCCCAGCCUGAUGGACUUUAAAGUUUAAACUUUGUGCCAGAAUAAGAAGAAAAAAAAGACAGAAAAAUGUCUUCCUGCUUAUUAAAAAAACAAAACACGGUUUAAGUUUAUUGCUUAGUGAAAACAAUGUUUGGAUUCAAAAACUUGAGAUUUCUGACACUUACAUUGAUUUAAAACGGUGUUCUUCAAGGAAAAAAGCUGUAAAUCUGAGCUGUUGUGGAAGUGGGCGGAGUUUGCACACCAUUAAACUGUUUAUGAAUUAA